AACACAUGUCAAUGCCACUCAACUUUUAUUUGGUUUAUUUAGUAACAUUAACAUUUUAAUAAGUAACUAAUUACUCCGCUGGAGCGGUCAGAUAAUCAUGAAAACCCUGACAGGCAACAGAUUGUUACUUCAAUGACACCAGCAGAGACACUGUUCAUGUUUCUCUCCCAUGAGGAAACACACUGUGCUCCCAGCUCCUCGUGUCACUCGGCUGUAACCAGUGUUUCAUCUGAGUCUGUCCUGAGUCUGAGCUGCUCCGUCACUGAUGCACGGAUGCAGGAAAAGAAAUGUGCUUCACUUUACAACACAACAACAAGGACACAGAUCAUCUCUGCAUCUCUGCAGCACUGCACCACUGUCCUCUGGUCACAGUCCCACCACAUCAGACCAGUUCAAUGUCUCUUACACUUCUGUCCUGUGCAGUUUAACUCUAUUUGCACAAAGAAGUUGUGUUUAUUGUUUGCUAGUGUCUUGUGUGUGUGUGUGUGUGUGUGUGUGGUUAACUGUCCAUGUGUCCACCUGUGUAAGUACACCAGAGUCACAUCCCCAGUGUGUGUGUGUGUGUGUGUGUGUGCACACAUGCAAGACAAAUAAACCAGAUUGUGAUCCAGCAGAUGAAACACCCUGACUCACUCAUUCAUAGAAGUUAUGUUUAUUUUUUGCAAGUUUCUUGUUUGUGUGUGUUUAAUAUAGUUCUAUAUUAGGCUGUAUUCUUUUCUUAAAUAGAAAUAUCAAAUAAGAAAAUAAAAUAAAAAUGUGACACAAAACAGGUAGGUCCACACACACACACACACACACACAGUGUGCAGGCAGGGCUGUACCUCCGCGGUGCGUCCAGCAGGGGUCGCCGGUGCAGCGGCCUCAGCCGGAGGACGUGGAGCGGCAGCUCUGAUCCAGUCUGCGGCUUCUGUUCCCAGAGCUGCGCCCAUUAACCAGCGGUGCUCCAUUUGCUCGUCCCGCGGAACAGUGAGUAUUUCCUCCCGCCGUAGGGCCACCAGGGGACACACAUUCUGUCCGUGGGGGUAGAGGAGGAGGAGGGCUGGGGCACGGACUCGGGACAGAAGUGGGGUUCCUCUGGACGGGCUCCUUCUCCGGGGGUUUGUUUCAAAGCGCCGAGGAGGCGACUGGAGCCAAUUAGGCUAGUUAGCUAGCUGCGGUGCUGCUCACUGGGAAGUUCGGCAGAAGCGCAGAGCUCUGCCCGGACGCCGGCCUGUGUUUGUGCAGCGUGUUCCUUCCAUUAGCAGCGGAAUCUGAAGGGGAUUUGUCCCUGUUGGUCACAACCGAACCACCUGCUUGGUGAACUGGACCUCAAGCUCUGUCGGGAAAAUAGAGACGGAAACGCAGCAUUUCAAAUUUCACCAUGUUUAAUCUAAUGAAAAAGGAUAAGGAGAGGGAAGGGAGUAGGAAGGAGAAGAAGGAUAAAAAGGAGCGGAUGUCUCCGGCAGAGCUGCGCAGCUUGGAGGAGAUGAGCAUGAGGCGUGGUUUCUUCAACCUGAAGAGGGAGGCGAAGCGUGAGUCCAAGAACAAACUGGAGAUCUCCAACCCCAUUCCCAUCAAAGUGGCCAGCAGCAAUGAGCUCACCCUCACUGACAUUGAGUCGGACGGCCUGAGCAACCGAAGCAGCAUGGUUCUGGAUGACCAGCUCAGCGCUGCCAGCUCCACCGAUGACCUGAAGGGUGAGGGCGGAGGACAGGACGGACACCGCAGCUCGGUGCACGAGCGCGUCGCUCACUUCGGUUCGCUCGCCAAGCAGAAUUCCUCGCAAAUGAUGAAGCGCUUCUCCUUUUCCCAGAGGAGCAAAGAGGAGAGCCCGUCAGAGAGCUCCACCCCUUCGGGCCAGAACUCUGCUGCCCCAUCUCCGCAUGUGGAGAGCAAAGUUUUCAGCAUGCUCCGCAAGCACAGCCUGAAGCAGCAGCCUGAAGCCCCAGUCACCAAAAAGGUCUGCAUCCCUGAGGUGGUCGACAAGACCUUCCCUGCACAGAUGCAGCUGCCGGCUGUGGUCGCUCCCAGCGCACCAGAAAUACGUGAGCUGGAGCUCCAACGCCGCAACACUGGCGACUUUGGAUUUUCUCUGCGUCGCACUACUAUGCUGGACCGCAGCCUCGAUGGAGGCGUGUACAGGCGCGUGGUCCAUUUUGCCGAGCCUGGCGCCGGCACCAAGGAUCUGGCUCUGGGGUUGGUGCCCGGCGACAGGCUGGUGGAGAUAAACGGAAAAAACGUGGAGAACAAGAGCCGGGACGAGAUAGUGGAGAUGAUCCGUCAGUCAGGGGACACGGUGAGGCUGAAGGUGCAGCCAAUCCUGGAGCUGAGUGAGCUGAGCCGCUGCUGGUUGAGGAACACCGAGGGGCUUCGCAGGGAGGCCAGACAUGUGAAGACAGAGGAGCAGAUCGCCGCGGAGCAGGCCUGGUAUGGAUCAGAGAAAGUCUGGCUCGUCCACAAAGAUGGCUUCUCCCUGGCCACUGUGGUUAAGACAGAGGAUGGAUCCCUGCCAGAGGGCAAGGUGAAAAUCAAACUGGAGCACGAUGGGACAAUACUGGAUGUGGACGAAGACGACAUAGAAAAGGCCAACCCUCCAUCAUAUGACCGAUCAGAGGACCUGGCUUCACUGCUCUAUCUGAAUGAAUCCAGUGUGAUGCACUGUCUGAGGCAGCGCUAUGGAGGAAAUCUGAUUCACACCUAUGCCGGAACCAACAUGGUGGUCAUCAACCCCCUCAGCACACCCUCCAUGUACUCUGAGAAGGUGAUGCACAUGUUCAAAGGCUGCCGCCGCGAUGACUCGGCUCCUCACAUCUACUCCGUGGCUCAGUCGGCCUACCGCAACCUGCUCACCACUCGGCAGGAUCAGUCGAUCGUGCUGCUGGGCAAGUCUGGCAGCGGCAAGACCACCAACUGUCAGCACUUGCUGCAGUAUCUGGUCUCCAUCGCUGGCAGCACGGGCAAAAUCUUCUCUGCUGAGAAGUGGCAGGCAGUCUACACCAUCCUGGAGGCGUUUGGCAACAGCUCCACGGCUAUGAACACUAAUGCCAGCCACUUCUCCCAUGUUGUGUCCCUCGACUUCGACCAGGCUGGGCAGGUGGCCUCCGCCUCCAUCCAGACGAUGCUGCUGGAGAAACUGAGGGUGAGCAGACGACCUGAGGGAGAGUCCACCUACAACAUCUUUUACUACAUGAUGGCCGGAGCUGACAGCAGCCUCAGAACGGAGCUGCACUUCAACCAUCUGGCUGAGAACAGUGCUUUUGGGAUCAUACCACAGUCUAAGCCUGACGACAAGCAGCGAGCCUCGCAGCAGUUCACCAAGCUGCAGGCGGCCAUGAAAGUACUGGGCAUCUCCGGUGAGGAGCAGAAAGCCCUUUGGCUCAUCCUAGGGGCCAUUUACCACUUGGGAGCUGCAGGAGCCACUAAAGACGGAGAUGAAGCGGGACGCAGGCAGUUUGCCCGUCAUGAAUGGGCCCAGAAAGCAGCCUACCUGCUGGGCUGCACUUUGGAGGAGCUCUCCUCUUCCGUCUUUAAGCACCAGGCCAAAGGGCUGCAGCAUUCCACGUCAUUCAGAGGAGCACAGGACGACGGCGGCCAAGGCGACAGCUCAGGCUCUAAGGUCACAGCUCUGGAGUGUUUGGAGGCCAUGGCAUCAGGACUCUACUCAGAGCUCUUCACUCUUGUCAUCUCCCUCAUAAACAGGGCUCUGAAGUCCAGCCAGCACUCUCUGUGCUCGCUGCUGAUCGUGGACACUCCGGGUUUCCAGAAUCCUCGCCUGGCUCAGCAGCAGCGAGGCGCCACCUUCGAGGAGCUCUGCCAUAACUACACCCAGGAGAGGCUGCAGACCCUGUUCCACGAACGCACCUUCGUUCAGGAGCUGGAGAGAUAUAAGGAGGAAAACAUAGAGCUUGCUUUAGAUGACAUAGAGUGCAGUACCUCGAGGUCUGUAGCAGCUAUUGACCAAGCCUCAACCCAAGCUCUGGUUCGCACUCUGGCCAGGACGGACGAGGCUCGGGGCCUUCUGUGGCUGAUGGAGGAGGAGGCCGUUCAGCCCGGAGGUUCAGAGGAGACGAUGCUGGAGAGACUGUUCAGCUACUACGGCUCUGCACAGGGAGAAAACAAAGGAGCUGGUCUGCUGUUGCGCGGAGAGAAGCCCCACCUCUUUCUGCUCGGUCACAGCCACGGGACGAACUGGGUGGAGUACAAUGCUCAGGGUUGGUUGAGCCAUGCCAAGCACAACCCUGCUGCCCAAAACGCUGCCACACUGCUGCAGGACUCCCAGAAGAAGAAUAUCAGUGGGCUGUUUAUGGGCCGGGCCAGCGGGGCCACCGUGUUGUCGGGCUCCAUAGCUGGUCUUGAAGGCAGCUCUCAGCUCGCCCUGCGACGGGCCACCAGCAUGAGGAAAACCUUCACCACAGGUGUGGCUGCCGUCAAGAAGAAGAGCCUGUGCAUCCAGGUCAAACUCCAAGUGGACGCUCUGAUUGAUAUGGUUCGUCGCUCCAGGGUUCACUUUGUCCACUGCCUGCUGCCCAAAGCAGAGGCAGUGGGCGGAGGAGGUGAGCCACGUGUGACACACGGUGAGAGCCCUGACUCGGGCCUCAUGACUCUGGAUGUCGGCCUCCUGAGAGCUCAGCUCCGAGGGUCAAAGCUGCUGGAUGCAUUGCGCAUCUAUAGGCAAGGAUACCCAGACCACAUGGUGUUCUCUGAGUUCCGCAGGCGCUUUGAUGUCCUGGCACCACAUCUGACCAAGAGGCACGGCCGCAACUACAUUGUCACAGAUGAGAAGAGGGCAGUGCAGGAGUUGCUUGAGUCCUUGGAGCUUGAGAAGAGCAGCUACCACAUGGGGCUGAGCAGGAUCUUCUUCAGAGCAGGGAUUCUAUCCAAGCUGGAGGAGCAGCGGGACGUUAAGACCAGGAGGAACAUCUCUCUGUUCCAGGCUGCCUGCAGGGGAUACCUCGCCCGACAGGCCUUCAAGAAGAGGAAGAUCCAGGAUUUGGCCAUCCGCUGCAUCCAGAAGAACAUAAAGAAGAAUCGUGGUGUGAAACACUGGCCAUGGUGGAAGCUCUUCACCACCGUCAGACCGCUGAUAGAGGUGCAGCUCACUGAGGAACAGAUCCGCGGGAAGGACGAAGAGAUCCAGCAGCUGAAGCAGAAGCUGGAGAGGGUUGAGAAGGAGAGGAAUGAGCUGAGACUCAACAGCGACCGUCUUGAGAGCCGGACCAAGUUUGACAGCACGAAGAAACAGAUGGAGUCGAUAGAGAUGGAGGUGAUGGAGGCUCGACUCAUCAGGGCUUCUGAGCUCAACGGAGAGAUGGAUGAUGACGACACAGGAGGAGAAUGGAGGUUGAAGUAUGAGCGAGCCAUCCGAGAGAUUGAGUUCACAAAGAAGAGACUGCAGCAGGAGUUCGACGACAAGCUGGAGGUGGAGCAGCAGAACAAGCGGCAGCUGGAGAGGAGGAUCAGCGACCUGCAGGCCGACAACGAGGAGUCCCAGCGAAACAUCCAGCAGCUGAAGAAAAAGACCCAGCGACUGACGGCCGAACUGCRGGACACCAAACUUCACCUGGAGGGCCAGCAGAGCCGCAACCACGACCUGGAGAAGAAGCAGAGAAAGUUCGACAGCGAGCUGAGUGGAGCCCAGGAGGAGGUGCAGAGGGAGAAGACCCUGAGGGAGAAACUGGCCCGAGAAAAAGACAUGCUGACAGGAGAGGCGUUCAGCCUCCGACAGCAGCUUGAGGACAAGGACCUGGAGGUGUGUGCAGUCAACCUGAAACUGGAUCAGCUGGAGGCUGAGCUGCAGGACCUCAAUUCCCAGGAAUCCAAAGAUGAGGCAUCACUGGCCAAGGUAAAGAAGCAGCUUCGUGACAUGGAGGCCAAGGUGAAGGACCAGGAGGAGGAGCUAGAUGAACAGGCCGGCAACAUCCAGAUGUUAGAACAGGCCAAGCUGCGUCUGGAGAUGGAGAUGGAGCGCUUGCGCCAAACCCAUUCCAAGGACAUCGAGAGCAAGGACGAUGAGGUGGAGGAGAUCAGACAGUCAUGCAGCAAGAAGCUGAAGCAAAUGGAGGUUCAGCUUGAGGAAGAAUACGAUGAGAAGCAAAAGGUGCUGAAAGAGAGGAGAGAGCUGGAGUCAAAGCUUCUGUCCGCACAGGACAAGGUGAGAAGUGGAGACAUGGAGACUGAGAAGCGUCUGAGGAAGGACCUGAAAAGAACCAAGGCUCUGCUGGCUGAUGCCCAGAUCAUGUUGGACCACAUAAAGAACAAUGCACCGAGCAAGAGGGAGAUCGCCCAGCUCAAGAAUCAGCUGGAGGAGUCUGAGUUCACCUGUGCGGCCGCAGUUAAAUCUCGUAAGUCCAUGGAGGUGGAGAUUGAAGACCUACACGUCCAGAUGGAGGACAUCUCUAAAAUGAAGCAGGCGCUGGAGGAGCAGCUGAGUCGUGUCCAGAGGGAGAAGAAUGACGUGCAGUCCAGAAUGGAGGAGGACCAGGAGGACCUGAACGAGUUGAUGAAGAAACACAAGGCCGCUGUGGCACAGUCAGCCCAGAACCUGGCUCAGAUCAGUGAUCUCCAAGCCCAGUUGGAGGACGCCCUCAAGGAGAAGCAGGAGGUUCAAGAGAAGAUGCAAUCUCUGCAAAGCCAGCUGGAGUUCCAGGAGCAGUCGAUGGUGGAGAAAUCCCUCGUUAGCCGGCAAGAGGCCAAGAUCCGUGAGCUUGAGACCAAGCUGGAGUUUGAGAAGACCCAGGUCAAACGUCUGGAGAGCCUCGUAGCUCGUCUCAAGGAGAACAUGGAGAAGCUGAUGGAGGAACGAGAUCAACGCAGCAGCAGCGAGAAUCGAGAGAAGGAACAGAACAAACGUCUGCAGAGACAGAUCCGCGACACCAAAGAGGAGAUGGGCGAACUGGCCAAAAAGGAAGCAGAGGCUAGCCGCAAGAAACAUGAGCUGGAAAUGGACAUUGAGAGCCUAGAAGCUGCCAAUCAGAGCCUGCAGGCAGACCUCAAGCUGGCCUUCAAGAGGAUCGGCGACCUCCAGGCUGCCAUCGAGGACGAGAUGGAGAGCGAUGACAAUGAAGACCUCAUCAACAGUUUGCAAGACAUGGUGACAAAGUAUCAGAAAAGGAAGAACAGAACUCAGGGGGAUUCAGACUCAGACUCUGAGGUGGAGGAUCGUGUGGAUGGGGUGAAGUCCUGGUUGUCCAAAAGCAAAGGUUCUGCCAAGAACCUCUCAGAUGAUGGCAGUCUCAAGAGCUCCAGAUAUGCUGUAAAUUUAGACGCAAAAGAAGGGAAAGAGUGGAAAGAGGGUAAGGAAUGGAAAGAGAUGAAUAAGGAGGGCAAAGUGGUAGAACCCAGCAGGCCAUUGUCCGUGAUAAGCUCCCUUAGCUACAGAAAACGAUCCAACCUGGAUUCCAUCGGAGGCAAAGAAAACGGCCUCUUCAGUUCCCUCAAGGAGAACGCUGACCAAGAAGAUUCACUGUGCUUCUCGAAGGCCAAACCAAAAACCUCGGAUCUUCAAGAUGACACCUACUCAGUCACCUCCAGGAGGAAGUCCCAGGUAGGGAAUGACACGAAUGACAGAGAAUCAGUCAUCUCCCAGGCCUAUUCAGAGGCCAACAGCCGAGCCAGGAAGGGAAUGGACAGUCGCUGGGGCGACUUUGACAAGGAAUCAACCAUUUCAUUCCCUGCUUCCAAUCGGGCGUCCACACAUCUCGGGUUGAGCCCAGAGAAUGAUGCCAAAUCUACCAUCAGCUUAGGUCUGUCAAGCCCACUUGGACGCCAUCGAAGCACUUCUCGCUUAGAUGCGGGCAGAGGUGGUAGCUCAGUUUAUGGCAGCAGUCCCACGAGCCCUCACUUUAGCAGACGGUCUGGGGGUCGCAGCCCCGGAAGCGUUAGCCGAGCUGAUUCUCGCAUGUCACUGGCACGAAGCUGCCGCUUGAGUGAGUUUGAUGUUGAUAUCGAUGACAGUCGGAGUGUUGCCUUUACUGAGAGGUCAGCCUACAGUCCUCUCUCGUCCACUGGGCGCAGUAUCUCCAUGCCACCACCGCAGAACAGGUCAUCAACUUCUAAUGAUGAUCCAGUUGAUAAUUUAGAAAUCAAAACAGUCAGUCAUCGCAAUUACCUCGAUCCCGACCUAGAGAAAGCCAUCAAUGAGGUGCUGAGUUUUAAGCCCAUCAAAUUUAAGCGCACAAGCUUGGAAGACUCAGAGGGUGAAAGGGAGCAAUCCAAGAAUGAUGAAGAUGACAGAAAGAGCGUCAGGAAUGGAGACACUUCUCGCGCCGCCAGCAGUCUUAGGCGCUCUGCAUCUGCCGUGGACUGCAUGAGACCGUCCCGCAGUGCCAGCAGCUGCAGCAGUCGCCAUAGCAGCAAGAGCAAAGGCAAGAGUAAGAAAAAGAAGAGAAGCCACAGCUCCGAGUCUGACAGCUCAGGAGGUGGCCGUCAUCGUAGGAGCAGCUCCAAGAGAGGGUCCAAGAAGUCCAAGAAAAAGUCCAAGAAGCGGGAUCAGUCUUCGUCAUCUUCAUCAUCUUCGUCCUCAGAUUCUGAGUCAGACUCUGAUUCAAGCUCCGGAGCCUCGACCAUUUCCUACCGAAGCUCCAGUAGUGUGAAGAGGGCCCCAGCUCGGAAGGUUUCCAGCCCAGAAAGAGAAAGAGAAGGAGAAGAUGCGCCUGAGAGCGAGGGUCAGCCACCUGACAAAAAGGUUGAUAAGAAGAGGAAGAAGAAGGUGGACAGCCUGAUGAUGAAGUAUCUAUACCGGCCGGACAGUGACUGAGGCAGGCACCCCCCUGGUCGAAGACGCUACUGCUUCAGUAGAUCUGAUGAUGAAGAGGAGGAAGAAGAAGAAAAAGAAGAGGGCGGGGCGGCCCAGGGCUCUUACCACUCUCGCUUCAGAUACGGCAGCCAAAUAAAAGACGAUGACAGCGAGGACAGGCCUUAUGAGACCACAUCGUAGUCCUCGCUGUCAUCACCCACCAGUAGAAAACGCACCCUCAUUCCACUGUCACAGUUUGUCUUGCAUGCGCAGUCGACCGCGGCGUUGAUCAGACGGUCGCAACCACAUAACCUAAACACUCACAACCUUGCAAGAGAGCACAGACGCUGAAACGCUGUAGAUGUUCAUAGCCCUUGCCUGACAAACCGCACGGUCUGUCUGACUCCUCGUUCAUCAGUCGAACCUCACUGCGCACACGCUGCAGCGACUCCACUCUGCUGGUUGCAUGCAUGCAGGCAGCAGUUGCUUGGUUUGAGCAGCCAUCCUGUUGAACUCCAGUCAUGGUUGUAACUGAGCCAAAGAACUCGAGGUUGCAAUGAUAAUAGCUUCUCUCUUUCCCUCUCUUUGUCUCUGUCCCUCUCCCUCUCUUCUUUACGUAUAGUACACUACAACAAUAUAAAUUGCCACAGUACAAUGUAUUGCCAAAAAGCCUUUGUUCCAAGUAUGUGUGCACAUUGUUUUUGUAUUUACACUUGAUGCUGAAGUCUGGGAAAAGUUCCAGCUUCUACUUCUUCUUCUUCUUCUUCUUUCCUUUUUCGGGAUAAGUGCCAUUCGACUUAAGUGGGCUCCUCUACAGCUGGCUUCUCUGCAGCUGUGGCGUUUCAUGAGCGGCUGCACUGAACACUGAAGAUGCUCUCAUUAUCAUCCGCUUGUUUUUUUGUUUGCCUGAAAAGUUUUCUGCCUUUUGCUGGCACAUUACCUCCUCCUCCUCCUCCUCCUCCUCACCGGGGAGGGGGGGUGGCAUCACUUACCGCUCCGCCACAAAAAGCGAGGCAGAGAUUCUUCUCCCUCCUUUUGAAUCUUUUGUAAUUGAUGUUUUGACAGAUUUGUUUUGCAGAGGGCCGCUGUCAAGCAAAUUCAUUUCCACGGGUUUUGAGCUUACCUCUGUGAAAUGCCUGGUCUCGUUUUAUUGUGACUUGAUUUGACUACACACUUGCCAGAAUUAGUGGAAGAGACUUUGUCCUUGUGCUUGUCGUUCACAUGCCGUCUGUGUUUUAAGUUUGAUGUGCUUUACUUCUCCAAAGGGAAUUUAUUUAACCUUGGGCACUAAUCAUUUGUGGGUUUAUUAAAAAAACAAAAACCACUGAGCGUAUGGAAUCCUCAGCCAGCACGAUAAAAGAACAAGCUGCAUUAUUCUCUAAUUGUAUUAUUCUUAACAAAUCACAUGGAAAGACUAUAACUACUCAUGUGUUUCCUCAACCUUCAAGAAUAAAUACCCGGAGCUCAAAGGUCUUGAAAAGAUUUCUCAGCGUUGUGUUAUUUAUAGAUUUAUGGUUUUCCAUCACAGAAGGUUCAUUAAUUUCCUAAAUUUACUUGCCACUGUAGUUUUUUUUUUGGAAACUUGCUAGAGCUCCACAGCGACUGUUUAUAACAACAUGACACCCACCCAGAAGGGAAGCCCCCUGCUGGUUGGUUGCAGCCCAGAUCAGAAACCGUCGUCAUUUUUCUGGCGGUUAAAACGGUUUGGUUCUAAUUAGUUAUUAGUUGGUUAUUCGUGGUUAUGAAUCAGUCAUUCAAAGUUUAUUUUUCUUCACUAAACAGCGGAGUAUGCUGCUGGAUGCAUCACGGCCAAUAGGACUCUCACUUUCUUACAGAAAUCCUGACAAAUUAAAACCAACACAUGUUCUAAUUCCUCUAAAAUCACCACAUCCCCUAAUAUUUUCGGAGAAUGAAGGAGUUUCUGUUAACUCACGUUGAAGAAAACACGUAAAUGUGUAACCGACAGAACAUUCCCUUGUUAACAGACAACGUGAAGGUCAGAGUGACGAUGUAAAGCAUGUCCUGCUGCGCCUGUACACUGACAAUAUAGAACAUUUCAUUUUAAUUUCCAACCAAAUUAUAAUGAAGCGACAGAUGCCUCGGGCCACUGUCCGCGGAAACUUCUCCGCAUGAUCAGCCGUUGGUCAGACUGGUACAAAUUUAAAUGUCAAAGUUGAAAGUGAAUCAUGGAAUGAGAUGGGCUGAUUAAAACGACCGGAGCUCCGUGUGGAUAAGUGUCUUUUCAUGGGUUUUGAUGAUAAUAAGAAAAAAGGAGAAUAUCACCAGCCUCCUUCAAAGCCUCGUCACUUCACCUACUGGACAGAACUGCAGCCUGUAAAACAAAUACUGUGAAAUCACUGUCAGCAUCUUUUGAGGCCUGUUUUUCCUGAAAAGAAAAAAUGGCCCAGAGAAUUAGAUCCUGCAUUUUUUUUUCUGCGCUAAGUUUCACAUCACGCUCUUUGGUCCGCUGUUGGGGAUCUACUCAGUAGCAUUAAGAUUUUUACUGAAAGCCAUUUAAAGUCCAGGAGAGCUUGACAUGGCAUUUGGGGGCUGGAGGAAAAAAAAGUGGAUGUUCUUCAUUGUGGGAGAAAUUGGUUCUUCAUCUUGAUUCUCUAUGCAGUCAACAAGUGUGGACAUGUGUUAUUUUUGGUUGACCCUGAUAAAGUUUCUGGCUUGAACAGGAA